AUGAUGGAAGUUACAGCAACUGAAAAAGCUGCAUUGAGUUUAUUAUUGAAAUGGAAGGAUCGCUUAAGGGAUGGGAAUGAAGAACAAUUGAAAAACUGUUUUGAAAACUUCAGUGAGAUUCUUUCGGAAAAUUUUUUGACCGUUGAAGACUCGGCACCUCGCCGUAGUUUACUUUUUAUCAUUGAGAAACUGACACUUCUGUGCUGGCAAGAUUGUCAGUAUGGCAAGAAACCUGUUUUGGACCUAUACAUCCCGUUUAUCAACACUGCCUACAAUGAAAUGUCAAAGAUCGUUUCAAGGAUUCAAUUCAGCCGCUUUGAGUCGUGGUUUGGAGGAAUUGAUCGGAAUGCGGAAUCUAAAUACCCUCUUAGUUCAACUUCUUUCCUGUCUAUUUGUAUACAUCUAAUAGGUCUUUCAGUUCAUUUACGAGAAGUAAAAUCGAUCAGGAAUUUCAUAUUGGAUCUUGCCGUGAUGGUUGAGACAAACCGAGAGUUGUCUGUAAGGCUAAUUGAGCACGACGAGAGCGAACUUCCUCCUCAUUUUUGUCCUCAAUUGCUCUUCCUGAACAUAUUGCAACAAAUUGAUUUCGACUAUUCAGUUGCGUUGGACUGGCUAAAUUCGGAGCCUGUCGCGAUCGCUUUUAUACUUCGCUUCAUGAAAGAUCUACAAGCGAACCCAAACUUAUACGACCUUUCUGUUUUGCCAGCAGAACCUUCAUUCCUUUUUGUAGCGGGGUAUCCUAACUUUAAUGACUGGUGUACAGUGAGUGCGCGCGUCGUUGGACACCUAAUGAUCCCUUAUCUUGCUACGGUUCUUUCAUUAAUCACCGGAAGCUGGCAAGGUGCCUCGUGGUCAAGAGUAGACAGUGCUGUUGAUGUAACUCCGAAUUUCCAGUCUCCCGCAUUACGGUCCACGAAGAGUAGAAGAACUUGUUCGCAACUUAACAGCGUUGACGGUCUUACUGAAGUUAGAGCAGAAAAGAAUUUUAACAUUAACUUAGUUAGAGUAGGCAUGUGUGGAAGAGGAACGAAGGGGUUUAAAAGAAAACCAUCCUACGAGCCGCGAGAGUCCGUGAAAGUUAAAAUCUACCAGGUGCAUGGGAAUGAACUCGUGCAGUCAAAUUUCAACUUCCCAAGGAACGAACCGCCGGUUUUCUUUGAUGAAAUGGGGAUGUCCUACACGGGUAGAAGUUAUGCUUCCGAAGACCUGAUCGGAUUCAUCUAUCGUUUACGAAGUGCGUGCGGAAGGCUGCAAAAGGCUAAUAUCGCUCCGUUUAACAUGGUCCGCCUAAUACAAGAAAUGGAGAAGGCAGAAAAAGCAAUCGAGAACAGCAACGACACGUGA